AUGUUUCCUCAAAAGGAGGAAGUUUUCCAACCCAACUACCUUUGUGAAACAUUUACUGCAGAUAAAAAUAUAGCUCUGUUACUUGAUGCUGCUAGUGAAUUAGGUGACCUGUCAUUAGUACAGUGUCUGGUGGAAAGAGGUGUGGAUGUUAAUAUUAGUAACUGUAAUGGUUCAACUGCAUUGCAUUAUUCUUGUCGUUGGGGUCACUUAUCAAUUGUAGAGUAUUUGACAUCUCUUCCUCAAAUUAAUUAUACAAAAGAUUCCUGGGGCAGAACAAGUAUUCAUUUUGCAGCCGAAUUUGGGCAAGCGCAUAUUGUCAAGUAUCUUGUUGAAUCAUGCAACCACGAUAUUAAUGUAGAGGAUAAGUAUGGCAAUACUCCACUGUAUAUGGCAUGUAUUUGUAAUCACUUACCAGUAGUAGAGUAUUUAACAGGACAACCAAACUGUAACAUUAACAGUAAUAAUGAGAGACACCCUCUACUAGCAGCAACAGACAAAGAACAUUUAGAAAUAGUGAAGCAUCUCAUUGAAUCUGUAGGUUGUGAUAUUAUUGUCAGAGAAGAUGGAACUGUGUCCACUCUAUUACAUAAAGCAUGUUAUAAUGGAUCACUGUCAAUAGUAGAAUAUUUGAUAUCUAAACCACAGUGUGACAUUGAAGCUAAAGACAAUAAAGGAAACCAACCACUGCAUUAUGCAGCAUGUCAAGGACACAAGGAAAUAGUUUCAAUAUUAGGAAAGAAAGUGAGUGAGGAUGGUUUAUCUAAAUGUAUGGAAUCAGCAAAGCAACUAGCAGAACCAGAUAUAAUGGAACUAUUAAAAAAUUGUUCAGAAGAUAGGAGAUCAUUAGUUUAUGCAUGUCAAUCUGGAAAUGUAAACAUUAUGCGUCAUCUAGUGAUUGACAAACACUGUGAUGUUAAUGCUAAAGACAGAUGGAGCGGCUAUACACCAUUACAUUAUGCAUGUGAAAAGGGUCACAUUGAAAUUGUUAAAAUUCUGACUAAUCAACCACAGUGUAAUAUUGAUGCUGGAACUGCUUAUAAUGACAGACCACUACACAAAGCAUUUUUACUGAAUGCAAUAUAG